UUUAACAUUUUCGCGAUGACAGAGACGAAGAAGAUAGCCACCAACGAGCAGAUUCCUUCAUCUUCAUCUUCAUCACCAUCACGCCGCCUCCAAGCCGUCAAAUUCCUCAUCAAUUGCGCCGACCAACUCAAAUCAUCUCCCAUCGUCAAAUACUCCGCCCUCUCUCUCUUUGCCCACCGUUUCAUCCCUCAUCUCUCCUCCUCCCGCUACCGGAACACCCACCACCACUGGCUGUUAAAAAACCCUCUUCAUUUCCCACAUCUGCAGCUAUUCUCUCUCAUCUCCCUCUGGAUUUCCAGCAAAACCCACGAUUCUCCCCCUCUCGCUCUUAAAACCCUAAAAUCAAUCGGCGAUCAAUGCAUCAAAGAUCAACAUUUCACAAAAACCGAUUACCUGGACGCCGAAAUCCUAUUUCUGCAAUCCCUCAAUUUCGAAGUUGGGACGAUGAAGAAUUCGGUGUUUUUGGUGAUUCAAGAGUUGACGUUGAAGCUCAAAGAGGUGGCUAGGGUUGGAGAAAUGGUGAGCUUUCAAGUGUGUUGCGAUGUCAUGGAUUUGAUAUACGAAAACGAUGAUAUUUCGCGGAUGUUCGUGGAAUCACCGGUGUAUCUUGCGGCGGCGGUUGUGGUGGCGGUGUAUGCGAUGACAGUGCCGAAGAAGAUGUGCGAGUUUCCGGUAGUUGGUUGGGUGAAUUUCGUGACUGGUUGCAGAGAAGAGGAUGUGAUGUGGGUUGUCAAACUCAUCCUUCAGCAUGUUGUUGGAUAAAUUAAGUUUGUAUUUCCCGCCAAGUUUACAGAGAAAUUAGAUCGAAGGAAAAGAGCAAAAUUUAUACUCCGUCCAUGGUUUAAUUUUGAAAAUAUCUAUUCUAAUAUUUAAUAACGGAGAAGUUUA